AUGCUACAUGUGACAAAGCUAAUUGUUGGCACAUAUGAGCGGUUGAUAUUUGUCUUUGACAUUCUCAAAACGCCAGAAGGAGCAGAACCCAAUGAGUAUACCAUUAAAAAAGCAGCUGGAUUCAAAAUACAUGAGGGCCCUAUUCUGACCCUCUCAGCAUCAAAAUCUAUGUUGGUCUCUGGGACAGCUGACGAGCUCAAGCUCACAAAUAUGGAGCGAUAUCAAGAAUCUGGCAUACUCUUGCAGGCGCAAGAAGUAUCGCUGACCAAGAGCAUUCUCCAUGAAGAAAAAUUUUUGUUCGUUGCAUUCGAGGAUGGCACUAUCUCUGUGCUCUCUAUCGCUGAUUCGGAGCUCAUAAAAAAGCUCUCAGUUGGGAAAGGCAAAGCAUCGGUCACAGACUUUGCUAUUCACCCUUCAGGCAAGAUUUUAAUGGCUGUGUGCCGUAAAAAAGCCACAGCCGCCCUCUUUGAUUUAAUCAAAGGCCAGAGGGUUGUCAAAACCAAGCUUCCGAUGCAUCCAGACUCAAUCAGGUUUUCACCUCUCGGCACCAAAUACGCUAUCCUCGCUCAGAAGGGUCUCGAAUGUCGCGUGAACAUCCACGAGCUCUUUCCGGCCUCCAAUGGAGUUGGCUCAGAUUCCGAGCCAACAUCUAGUUCGAUAUCCGAUCCAAAUUUCUCGCGCAAUGAGUUGCCAAAAUCCGAGGAUGCUACAAAUGCGAACAUAUCCAGUGAGAAAGCUAAAGCUGACGCGGAUCCCAACGCAUCCAAAAUUUCUGAAAAGAGCCCUUUUGGCGCGGUUAGCAUAUCGUCUGGACGAAAAAUCACAGCCAUGGAGUUCAUCUCGGAAGAAUCUAUUGCGAUUGCAGAACACCCAAAUUUGGUCUCCAUCUAUUCGUUGGCCGAAGAUCGCCCCGCAAAGACGGCAUCACUUACCGAUGUACCGAGAAACUCUUCUACUGCUGGUAGCAGAAUAAAUGCUAUUGAACGGAUACCUGGUUCUGCCCUCUUCUUGACAACAACCACGGAUGGGAUAAUUCAGCUUUGGGCUCUCAAUGAUCAAAAUGCCGCAGUUCCCCUCGCCCAUAUAACUAUCCCAUACCGCAUCACCGCAGUUUGCAUUUCCGCCGCAUAA